AACCUGAGAAAGCCCAAAUAGGUGAUGGCACCUUAGGACCAUAGAGCUUCCAGGUAACGUGGGUCUUGACAGCGCAACAAAUUUGAUAAGCUACUGCAAAUAACUAAGGACUAUAAAGAUAGCGCAACCCGGUAUGCAGAGGUUCAUGUUUUGGAAAAGUCGAAGAAAUCCAGUGACUCUUCUCGUCUACGCAGCGGCGAAGCGAGUGGGGUUAUUUUUUGGUGGCGGUAAAAUUUGACAAUAAAUAAUAAUAAUAUCUUGUAAUCUCAAAUAAAAAUUUCAACCAUUUCUUUUCAUGUUUUUAUCGCACCGAUUAAAAUGAACACAGAACUAUUUAUUAUUUAAUCUGUGUCGGAACCGGGGAAGUUACUUUCUUUAAGGGAUAACACCACUGUAAAAACCUAAAAAAUAGACCAUUUUUUUGAUGAAAGAAAAGAUUUUUCGUGAUGAAUAAAGUACCAGUGAAAAAAUUUUACAAUCAAAUGGAAAUUCCCGUUCUUGGACUAGGAACUUGGAAAUCUAAACCCGGUGAAGUGACUCAAGCCGUUAAGGAUGCAAUCGAUAUCGGGUAUCGCCACAUCGAUGGCGCUUUUAUCUACCGCAACGAAGCGGAAGUCGGCGAAGCCGUGCAAGCUAAAAUUAAAGAAGGAGUCAUCAAACGACAGGACAUAUUCCUCACGAGCAAACUUUGGAACACUUUCCAUAGGCCAGAGGCUGUUGAACCUGCAAUAAGGACUACUUUGAAGAAUUUGGGUGUUGAUUAUGUCGAUCUGUACUUAAUACAUUGGCCAAUACCUUACAAAGAGGGUAAGGAACUUCAACCUACCGGCGUCAAUGGCGAAAUACUGUUCAGCGAUUACGACUACGUCGAUACUUGGAAAGCCAUGGAAAAGUUGUAUGAAAAGGGAUUAGCAAAGAACAUUGGUGUCAGCAAUUUUAACGAAGAACAAUUGGAGCGCGUGUUAAAGGAGGGAAAGAUCAAGCCUGUCACGAAUCAAGUCGAAUGUCAUCCGUAUUUGACCCAGAUAAAAUUGUCCGAGUAUUGCAAAUCAAAGGGCAUUACCAUAACCGCAUAUUGCCCGCUAGGAUGCCCGGACAGACCGUGGGGAAAACCUGAGGAUCCGAAGCUUUUAGAUGAUCUAAAGAUUACAAGCAUUGCUAAGAAGUACAAGAAGAGUCCCGCUCAAGUUGUGCUCCGUUAUCAGGUUCAACGUGGGCAUAUCGUCAUCCCAAAGUCAGUGAACAAAUCUCGCAUCCAAGAGAAUUUCAACAUCUUUAAUUUUGCACUUUCCGAAGAAGACAUUGAGCUAAUCAACUCGUUCGAUUGCGGUGGAAGAAUUUGUGCAUUGCGAGAGUGUAACGAGAGCCCAUACUACCCGUUCAAGAAUUAAUAUUGGCGAUCGAAGUAACCGGUGCUUGAGUUUUAACAAUCGCGCCACGUGACAGCCGGCAUACAACCAGUAACUCUAAUCAGGAUCAUCUCUGAAGCAAAUCCUAUUUAUUCAGACCUAAAUACCCAUAGUACGUCAACUAGUAGUAAUCAUGGUAUAUUGUGAAAAAAAUCGACGUGUGCCACAUUUUAACCAUAGACUAAAUAAAACGGU